GCAUUUCCCGCGGUACGGGCUCUUUUCGAGUACCUAUCGCUCUGUGUCGGGUCCGAAUGCAAUUUCUCAAUGGCACUUUCGGUUCACGUUCCGCGAAUAGUAUUAACUAUUAACGCGGUAGUACUACGCUGGUACUUACCGUAGGCGUAUAUUUUGUGAAUUGAAAAAUAGCGCGAAAAUUUGAAUAUUGAUUGAUCGAGUGGAGUUUAAUGGCGAUUUUCGUAUGGGGAAAGUGCCCGAUAAAGGAGAUGUGAAGGGUGUUAAUCGUAUGAGUGAAAGUGUCUAGCUAAUACGAUGUUAAUCGCUUGUAAUUUGCGUACGAUUUUCCUUCGUUCCAAAUGGAAAUGGUAAUUUUACCGCCAAAUACAGCCGCCUUCCUGCGCGAUUUAUCGCCGGAAUGACAAUAAGACAUUUUGCCAUCGAACCGUCUCCGUCGAUUAUUAUUAUACAUUCGCGUCGAAUUAUUCGAAAUCGAUCAUGUUGAUAUGUUGAAUGGUGGUGAUCGUGUUCGUUUGCGACCCGAGCGGUCGAUUCGCGAAUUUUCCGAAAAAGAAAGUCACCUACAGCUCGAGGAUUUUCAUCGAACCCCGUCUGUUUUUCGCGCAGGUCCAGCCCGGAGACACCGUCGCCACAACCAAAGAAGAGGAGUGGAUAAGCAAGAAGAAAACCGAAGUGACCAACACCAAGCAGAUAGAAACUCGAGUGAAGAGACAGGUGGUGCUCGAGGAUGGUAAAGUCGUUGAGGAUUCCGGACCCGUGGUCACCACCAAUACCACGGAGGACGUGGAUACCCAAGAGCAUCACCAAACUGAGUUGAGGAAAUUGGGCGACGACGGCGUCGACGGUGGCGCCUUGGUGGGCGCCCAAAACUACGACGGGGUACUACUGGAAGGUACCAAUUCGACGGGAUUGGUCGCGAACCCCGAUGGCCUCGUCAGAGAGGUCAGCGAGCGCAAGGUCGUGUCCAGAGAGGAAACCGAGGAACUCAAAGAGACGGAGGACGUGCAACAUUUGGGCGACAUCACCGAUGAGGACUUCGUGGCGGCCGUGCAGAGCGGCCACCCGGACCUGCGGCGGGCGCUGCGGCCGCGCGACGGCGUCGUCGCCACCGGGCCCCGGCUGCUGGUGGACACCAGGAGGUCGCGGAAGACCGUCGACACCGAGGAGACGAGGCAGUCGAGCCGGGCGCGCGACGACGGCGGCAUCGUCACCGAGACGGUGCGCACCGCCGAGCACGAGGUGAUCGACGAUCGGGAGCUGCCCGACGAUGAGCCCGAUCGGAACUACUCGAAGGAGAGCUCGCAAAGAUACUUGAAAACUAAAGACCAAGAGGAAGUGGAUUACGUGGCGAACGGGGUGAACGUGGGACACGAGAUGAGAUUCAAAACGGAGACCAUGGAGGCGGAGAGACGGGGCGAUUUCGACGAGCCGGAUUUGUUCGAAUCGCUUUCGGCGCGGGCCAGGAAAAGGGGAAACAACAGACAACCUUAUAGACAAAGAGGUUUAGAAGACCCCGUCGCCGCCGCCGCGGCCGCCGCCGCCGCCGCCGCCGCCUCGCCUCUCGACCGCAAAGACGCCCUCACGCGCCGCCCCAUCGACUUCGACCAGGAGGAGGAGACGCGCAAGGCCGAAACCUCCAAGUGGCUGGAGCACCACUUCGGCAGCGAGUCCACCGUCGAGGAGGCCGACGAAGCGGCGGCGGCGGACGACGAGGACGACGAGGCGGCCGACCGGCCCGCCGCCCGCGCCGCCGGAUUUUUUAACGUUACGAUCAAAUCGCAACCGGCGCCGCAGCCGCCGCCGCCGCCGCAACCGCCGCUCGCUAACGGUUACGCGACCGGAGGCGGCGGCGGUAAGGAGGCGUCGCCGCGCGUUUACAGUCCGGUGGAACCGGAACGGGACCGGAACGGUACUAAUUCGGGUGGUUAUUACAAAGGUAUAACCGAUUGGUCGCCGCCGCCGGGAACUCGCCCCUACGCCGGGCACUCGCCGGGCCCUUACGCCGCCCACGACCGGACCCGCCGCUCGCCCAGUCCCGAUUACCGCUCCCCGGCGGCCGAUUACCGCCACCGCAACCGGUCGCCGGCGCCGGAUUACGCGCCCGACUACGCCGGACGGAGGACGGAGGGCGUCGCGACGCCGACGCCGCCGAGGCGCACGAAAAACGAGAGGCCGAGGCAGCGGUUCGUCGACGAACGGUCCAAUAGACUCGAAUCUUCAGAGUACCGUUCGUCGUCGCGACGCGACGACGAGAGAAACGGCGCCGUCGACGUGGCGGAACCGCCGCCGGAUUAUUCGCCGCCCAGUCCGCCGCCGAACGCGGCGAGAAAGCAAGUGCAAAAGACGCGAUUCGCCGUCGAAUCGUCGCCCAAACCGCAGAAAACCGGUAACAUUAUCGGCCAGUCGAUCCGCAAGCUCGUCGGCAAAAUUCGAUCGGCCAGCGCCGAACGGAAGGCCCGCCAGAGGGCGAAGCGCUCGCCCAGCCCGCCCACCUACCAGCCCGGCCACGUCAUCGACGGCAACAUCGAGCGUCGCGGCGGCGGCGGCGUCGAGCGUCUCGACGGCGCGAUGCACCAGGCGGACCGAUCGACGCCCGUCCAACGGUACUACUUGGGCGAGGAUCCGUUCGGCGGCAGCAUCUUCGGCAGGGAGAACAAGUACGAGGGCGCCCGACGCCAGGCGCCCCGACGCCCGGAUGAUAGGAGGUCCCAAUCCCAAACCAGCACGCUCGGCAGGUUCAGUAAAUCCACGUCGCGCCUCUCCAACGGUCACCAACAACACCACCACCACCACCACCACCAGCAACAACAACAACAACAACAACGCAGGAGCUCGCAGACGCUCCCGCGCCACCUCAACACCAUCAACGUCAGCAUCAUCAACACCGUCUCGUCCCCGCGCCAGCCCGACGGCCCCGCCAAGCCGCAGCGCACCUACAAAUCCAACCUGUCGCGCAGCAAGAGCCUCAACGUGCCCGGCGGCAUGUACGCCAGCCACCCGCAGCUCAGCCAGCCGCCGCUCAAGAGCCCCGGCCUCAUAUCGAGCCUCAACAGGAGCCGCGACGACGAGCCCUACGCUCACCGUUUCGCCCGCACAAGCGACAACAAGACCGCCUUCCUCUCGUCGCUCAAAGACCGCGCGCCCGAGCUCUUCAAGACGCUCGAAGGGGGCGCGUUCGAGUGCGAGCACGAGCCGCCGACGAGGCUGCGCGACGGCGGGAGGGUCGCGGGAGGGUUGCAGGAGGGUUGCAGGAGAGGCAGCGCCUCGAGCGGCGAUUUCUCGGAGGUGUAUCGCGCGACGACGCGCGGCGAGGAUCCGGCGAAUCCCAGCGUGACGGACACGGUGCGGCGGUUCAGCAGGAGGACGGCGCCGUCGCCGACGGGCCGCGGCGUCGAGACGGUGGAGGCGACCGAGACGAAGGUGACGCGGAGCGGCGGGCGGUACGCGGCGCCGAUUAGGGCGUACGAGGCGGCGGAUCGGUGGUACAACGGCGGCGGAUCGAAGCCCGUUAUCAUCGAGGUUAGGAAUUAUAAGUAGAAGGCGGCGGUGUAAGUGCAAUUUUAGUGAUGAGAAAGUGUGUUUAGUUGUAAGCGAUACGGCGUUGUGCGAGUGAUGGAGAUAGAUAGAGUGAUGUUUUGGAGGUGUUUGUAACAAGGUUUCUUUGUUCAACUCGUAGAGUUGCAAAUUUGCACUUGACUGUGUGCAGAUAAGUGUAAAAUUGUGCGCAAUGUGGUGUUGUAUGAGUGGAACAAAGAGAAUUAAAGACUUUGCCUUAGGUUCAUAUGAAGGAGAAAGAUAAAGUGAUGUUUUGGAGAUUUUGCAACUGUCUCAUUCUACCCACUGUUGUUUUAACAAGCUUUCUUUGUUCAACUCGUAGAGUUGCAAACAAAUUUGCACUUGUCUAUGUGCAGAUAAGUGUAAAAUUGUGCGCAAUGUGGUGUUGUAUGAGUGGAACAAAGAGAAUUAAAGAUUUUGCCUUAGGUUCAUAUGAAAGAAAAAGAUAAAGUGAUGUUUUGGAGAUGUUGCAAUUUUCUCAUUCUACCCACUGUUGUUUUAACAAGCUUUCUUUGUUCAACUCGUUGAACAAAGAACAAGUUGCAAACAAAUUUGCACUUGUCUAUGUGCAGAUAAGUGUAAAAUUUGUGUUAAGUGUAGAAUUUGAGUUAAGUUCAUGUGAAGGAGAAAGAAGGAGUGAUGUUUUGGAGGUGUUGCAACUGUCUCAUUCUAACCACUGUUGUUUUAAUAAACUUUCUUUGUUCAACUCGUUGAAUUGACCAUAUUGCUGGCAAAUUUGCACUUGCCCAUAUAACAAAGUUUUGUUUAGUGAUAGAUUUGUAAUACGUAUAUUUUUUUUAAUUGAUUUUAUUAAUUGAUUGGUUUUAUUUUAAUGUAGGUGAAUAUUAACGAUUGUUGUUAAUAUACGAAUUUAAUGUGAUUGUAGAUGGAGUUGUGUUGUUUGUUUAACAUUCUAUUUAUCCUUUA